AUGCACUAUGGAGACUCAUCAGUCAUCUCAAAUUCAUAACUCAUUUCUAAUUUUAAAUUAAUUCUCGAACUCUGUAUCAUUUAUGCAAAAUCACAAGAGAAAAAGCUACAAAAUUAAUAGUUCAUACUAUUUUGCUAUUAAAUGCAAUAUUAUUUAUUAAUGAUGACAGACAAUCAAAGAAUAUAAUGGGGUUGGCUAUGA